ACACUUUUACAGUACCUUACUAAUAUCAAACCCAAGUUCGGUGCUUGACUGCUUGCCUUGAGUCGUUGGGUGUCGUUUUGUUUGUAUUGAAGAAGUGAGAAACUUUGCAGAAUGGCUUUAAUGCAGAGGAGAGCAAAUGUAAGGUUGCCACCUGAGGUCAAUAGAGUGCUUUACAUUAGGAAUCUCCCGUACAAAAUAACUGCAGAAGAAAUGUACGAUAUUUUUGGAAAAUACGGUGCUAUAAGACAAGUUAGAGUAGGUAACACACCGGAAACACGAGGCACUGCUUUUGUCGUAUAUGAAGACAUAUUCGAUGCUAAAAAUGCCUGCGACCACCUGUCUGGAUUCAAUGUUUGCAAUCGUUAUCUCGUUGUACUUUACUACCAGGCGAACAAAGCAUUUAAGAGAGUUGAUAUUGAUAAGAAGAAAGAAGAACUUGACAAAAUGAAGGCAAAAUAUGGUAUCAAUACCGAAGAGAAAUAAAACUUUUAUUAUAUGUAUAUAUUUAUUAUUGUAAAGCUAUUUUAUAUUUGUAAUAAAACAUUU